AAGAAAAAAAAUCGCAAACAGAAUCUAUAGUAAAAAUCGUAUCUUUCGCACGGCUAGCUUUUCUUCUUCAUCUGCUGCGGAAGCAAGCAAGUCAGGAAGAAAGAAUACCACAGUUUGAUUAUAAAAAGUCGCCUUGGAAUUUUAUCUUCUCUUAUUUCUUCUGCUAUCAGCGAAUAUAAUACUGCUUAAGAAGAAAGGAAAACUAUAUUUGUGUAAACUCCGUCAUCAAACUUGAAUUUCAGUCGGAUUCCAUUGUUGAGGAAAAAAGCUACUACAACACUACAAAUUAAAAAUGACGGGGAAUUAUUGCGACGAUGACCCCAACGCAGAAAAAUUCCGCAAGCUGUUCAUUGGAGGUCUCAAUAAUGAGACUACAGAAGAUACUCUUCGCCAGUACUUUGAAACUUGGGGUGAAGUUGUAGAUUGCGUGGUGAUGAAAAAUCCGACCAACAAUCGUUCUCGUGGCUUCGGCUUUGUCACUUAUCAGUCGGCUGCACAACUAGACAAGGCACAGGCACAGCGACCGCACACGCUCGAUAAGAAGACUCUGGACACGAAGCGCGCCAUGCCUCGCGAUGGAUCUGAGGAGACUCAGGCGUCGGUAAAGAAAAUGUUCGUCGGCGGCCUGGAAGAGACCACAAGCGAAGAAGAAAUCCGUGAACUAUUCUGCCCGUACGGCAGGAUUGAAAAAGUGGAAAUGAUUAAAGACAAGGCAACUGGUAAGCAGAAGCGUUUCUGCUUUGUCACCUUUGAUGAUUUCGACUCUGUAGACAAGUGUGUAAUUAGAAAAAGAUUUCCUUUAGGGGACAAAAGCAUCGAAGUUAAGAAAGCUGUAUCGAAGACUGAAAUGGGCGGUCGUGGAGGAGCCGGAGGUCGUUCAGGCGGCCGCGGCGGUGGUGGAGGCGGCUACGGUGGAAACUGGGGAUCGAACCAGGGUAACUACAACAACGGCGGCGGUUAUUACGAAGGCAGUGACGGGCGCUACGGAGCCCAUGGUUACAAUAAUGGCUAUGGUAGUAAUUUCGGAUCCAAUUACGGCAGCGGAUCUUUCGGUGGGGCCCAAAGACAAGGUAAUUUCUCACAUCGUAAUACUAGUGGACCUUACGGUAGGGGUUACGGUAGAGGUGGUGGUGGUGGUGGUAGUAGUAUGGGCGGAUAUAGACGUUAAACAACUCUUCUCAUUUUUUUUCUUAGAUUGGCAAUAAGUGUGCGUAUUCUGAAAUGUAAUGCUAUAUAUAUAUUUAUAUAUAUAUAUAUAUAACAUUACACUUAAGAAUAUCAACAUUUCUAUAUUACAUAUAUUUUAAUGCAGACCCUACUUCCAUCUAAACUCGUUUUGACCUAGCUUAAAGAAAUACACAUCAUAAAUGUUCAGUUCCUGUUAUGUGCAAAUGUCAUUUACCAUAUGAGAAAGAUGAACAAAACAGAUUCUGCGGUGCCAUGGCAGACAUUUCCUGCUGUUGGGAACCUCUCACAUAGUUUCUAUGUUCUUUUUUAUUUAAGGUAAUCUUCAAGUUUUUGACACAAAACCUAAACGACUGCGAGAAUGAUAAAGUAUGAUUUUCGUUAUGGCGUUUAGGUUUGUUGUUUUAAAUGAAGGACUACCCAUUUAAAAUUUAUUUCCUUGUGUUGGUUAGUUCUCGACCCAGAUUCAAUUUUCUCGGAGCUUUAUAUUCCUUUUGGUGUCGACGUUAAGUAAACACUUAUGGGGAAAAGGCAUGAAUCACAAAAAUUAUUCAUAUCGCUUCACUCUUAUCUAUGAAAAAGCAUUUGUUUCAAUGUCUCUUGCCGAAUGCCGCGUGUUCUCCCUUUCAUACCUCCACCUGGGAUAACAUGAAAUAUACAUUUAUUAGCUUUUUUUUUCUUUUCUUUUUUUUUUUUUUUACACAAGUAGUCUUGAUAGGGAAAAGGGAGGGACAAAUGGCACCCCCCCUAUCUCUCGAUUGUAUUUUUUCUUCCUAAUUUAUAACGUACUUCUAAAAUGAUUCAGACCUUAAGUUUUUGACAUCAAAUUUGAAACGCAAUGAGCUCAAUUAAUGCUUCUUUAACUAAGGACAGUUAUGGCUAAAUGAUAUACAAAUCUUUUUCUUGAAAUUUUAAAACAAAUUUCUCUAAUUACAUCUUGAAGAAAAUUUGUAACUCUAGUGUAUAACUCUUAGCUCCAUGUGCUUGUUUCAGGUUUACCUUCAAAAACUAAAGGACUAAUUAUAAAAAAAAAUAACCCAUUGUCAACGAGGGGAAAAUAUUUGAAAAGAAAUAUAGUUUAUAAAGAAAUCUCCAUCUGAAGAUCCUAAAUAGUAAUGUGAAUAUUAUGAUUUAGGUAUUUCAUUUUACAUAUUGCCUAAGGAAAAAAAGCUACAAACUCUGGAAUUUUAUCAAACUCUUGAUGUUUAUCAAAACAACAAAAAGAAAAAAAAAAGAAUACUAAAACGUGGGAAAAAUGUAACUCCACCUGCCAAAAUGUUCAUCCAAAACAAGAUUCAUUUUUGAACAGUUCUUUAAAUAUACUCAACAUUAUUUAUUUACAAACUAAUCUUUUACUAUUUCAUUAGAAAUGGCAUAAAACGUCACAACAUCUCCCUUUAAAUAACUCUGAGGGUUUCAUGCACAUUUGUGAGAAGCUUAUUUAAGUGUUUGUAGAGUAUAAAGGGAAGACGCUCUCGGGCGACAUGAGUCGAAUCCGCGGCCCGGGUUCGAUUUCCGCUCUUAGCGAUAUUCACUUCACUUUACAUCACUUAGGUCGCUAUUGCCCUCCAGAAAGUCAUGAACGUCACAGUUACCUACAUUUAUUUCCAUUCUCCAAUCCUUCAAGUACCUGUAUGAAGCAAUUACUAUUUGUGUAUGUUUGUAUGUAUGUAUGUUUCCUUGCCAACCCACCCAUGCCAUUUCCGUUACAUUGGUAAAAACCUGUCAUAAAGGCCAAUUUAGAGCCGUUGGUUUUUUUAAUAUUAUGUAAGGGACAACAAACUAUAUUAGUAUAUUAAAAUGAAAUUUGGAUUACUACAUU